GUCGAGAGCACCUCUUGUCCUCUACCACCAUCGCCACGAACGCUAGACUUUCCUUGCUUGCCCCCUCAUCGUCGACAACGACGAGCAAGCCAUGGACAACCUUCGUUCGCUCGUCCAGCCGCUAGGCCUCGAGCUUAUGGUCCUUGGCGGCGCUGCGCAGACCGCGAAGCGCAUGACGACGAAGGCGUGGACCUCUUUCAUCAACUCGUUCUUCCUCACCGCGCACUUCCAUGAGACCGACAUGCCGUAUGCAUGGCUCAUGUUGUGGCUUUCAAAGCAGCCCGAAUGGGGGCGCACGCGCGAGUGCGAGGGCGUCACUAUGCGCGACCGCACCGCUGGCGAAGACGACGCGCUCUCCCUCAAGGUUGUGUUCCAGCCGACCUUCGAGUCGCAGCUCACGAUAUACUUCCGCGGACAUUGGCUCCGCGUGUGGCGCUGGAAGAAGGACAGCACCGAUGAGGAGGUGCUCAGCGUCAGCGUCGUCGCGCGCUCUAGCGACGUCCUCAAGACCUUGGUCCGCACAGCCAAGAAAGAGUACGAGGCGUCCCUCGAGCACAGCAUUUCCCUCUUCGUCCCCGCCCCACCAUCGCCCUUCGGCUACUAUUCCUCCCGCCACUACAGCCGCUCGUCAUCCUAUUACGGGGGCGGCGGAGGCUACAGCAGCAGUGGCCGUCACGGGGGAGGGGGAUAUGGCGGCCAUGAUGGACGUGACGAUGAGUUCCCCGGGUCCAGCCGCCGUGGGCGCGGGGGCGGCGUCCGCAACGACUGGACACUCGACCGCACGCGCCCGAAGCGACCGCUCCGGACCGUGGUCCUGGAACGCGGAAUCAAAGAAAGCAUAGUUGACGAUGUCGGGGACUUCCUCGCCAGCGAGAAGUGGUACGGCGAUCGUGGAAUCCCCUUUCGCCGAGGAUACCUGCUUCACGGGCCGCCAGGAAAUGGCAAGUCGUCCUUGAUCUACGCCCUCGCAUCGCACUAUGCGCUCGACGUGUACACGAUAUCGCUGUCCGCACCGGGCAUGACCGACGAGUCUCUGGGAGCUCUGAUUGGUGGAGUUCCAUCAAGAUGUAUCCUACUGCUCAAAGACCUCGAUACCGCGCUCGCGCCGCCGAAGCCACCGCCAGAAAAGGACGACGAGAGCGAGGAGGAGGACAAGAAGAACGGAGACCCAAACAGCAAUCCGAAUAACGGGUCCAACUCCAACAAUCCCAAUCCGCCCGAGCCGUACUUCGACCCGUACGGGGGUUCAUCUGGCCACCGUAGCAGUCGCAGGCGACGCAGAAAAGCCGGCGAUGCCGACCCGAUGGCGAACACCCUCAGUCUCAGCGGCUUGUUGAACGCCCUAGAUGGUGUCGCUGCGAGCGAGGGGCGUUUGCUGUUCGCAACGACGCAACAUGUACAUACACUGGAUCCCGCGCUUGCGCGGCCCGGGCGCAUGGACGUCUGGGUAGAGUUCAAGAAUGCCUCUCGGCCGCAAGCGGCUGAUUUCUUCCGCGCUUUCUUCGUGUCGAAGGAAGACGCGGAUGCGCGGCGAUUGCAGGAGGAGGCUGCACGGGCAGCGAAUGAUCCUGACCGGAUAGACCUCGAGGGUCGGAGGCGGAGGACGGAUAGCCAGGGCACUGCGUCCGACGAGGAGUACGACAUCGACAGGCAUGUUAUCGCCGAGCCUAUGUCGUCGCAGCCGUCCCAUGCAACUGCGCGGAGGCGGACACAGUCGCUGCAGACCGACGGCCGCCGCAACUCUUGGGUCCCGAGUGUCUCGCGACUCGGCUCCUGGUUCGGUGCGCCUCCAUCCACGUCGGCAGACGACGAUGACUCGCACCCGCCGACGCCCAUUCGCAUCGACGGUGGCCAUCUCGGCAGCUCGGGCGACCUUGGGUCCUUCAACGCCGCGAAGCUCGAGGCUCAGCUGCGAGAGCUCGAGAACCGGCCUCGUCCUACGAUGUGCACUUUGACACCGCCCGCAUCACCUCAACGACGGCCUCCAGAGCUUCCCCACCCGCAACCCGCUCGCACGGAAUCGCCGCCGCCGGUCGUCGAGGCAAAAGAGGAGGAACUCCCUCCCAGCGAUGUUCGCAACCUCUGGGCACCGACAACUUUGCCCUUGGCGGAACUCGACAGGCUUGCGGAGAUCUUCGCUGCGCAACUGCCUGAAUUUGAGUUCUCAGUAGCAGACCUGCAGGGCUAUCUGCUACGUCACAAAUCGCAGCCGCAGCGCGCUGCGCGGGGACUAACCGAGUGGGUGCAGGAAGAGCGUGCUCGGCGCGAGCGCGAGCGCCUCGAGAAAGAGCGCAAGGAGCGCGAGGCCGCGGAGAAGAAGGCCGAGGCGCGUCGGAAGCGACGCGAGAAGCGCGAGCGCGAGGCGCGCAAGCUCGCAGACAAGGAGGCAGCGGAGGAUGAGGCCGAGGAAGCGCGCGCGCGGCGCGCAGGCCAGGCAGGAGGUGAGGCGUCAGUCGCGCCAGCGCACGCGCAGCCGCCACCCGCAGUGUUGUCGCCCCAGCUCACGCAGACCAACCAGGCGAGUCUGCCGGUGCUGGCGUGUCCGUGGCCGCCAGAUGAGAGCGGUGGAUGGGGGACGUGGUACCCCGAUGAGCAGCAGGCUGAUGCGGGUGCGUCUUGGGUCAUGCCCAGUUGUUUGUCUCAGGAACAGAUGUCCGUGGAUGAGACAAGUAGUGACGAAGAGUGAGCAGGUGCAGACGCGAGCGACCAUGGCGCGGUGGUC